CGCCUCUAAACAAGAUUUCAACACAGGAAAGAAGGAUUGACAGAAAUGAUGAAUGAUCGUGUGCAGAUUUUCAUGCACACGUGAGGCAUUUUGCAGAUUGUCUCUCUGUGGGAAGUUGAAGCAGAAGAACAAACUCUAAACACAGUUUGAGUUGGGAUUGGCAUUUUUUCUGCAAGGAUUGUUGGUUGUGGUUUGUUAUUUUCACCUGAAAAAGCAGAAUCUAUGACUGACUUUAUGAAAUCAAAGCAGAAUUAGAUGAAAAAUUGGUUUUGUGCAGACACUGAUGGCAGCUUUGGUAUUUUUUUUUUUUGCAUAGCAACCUGGGAACUUGGGUGUGGUAAAAGAGGGAUGCAUGUGGGAACACUUUGGUGAUUUUAAGAAAAAAAAAAUAAAGCAAUGAAAUUUUUUUAUUUUUGACAUACAAAUAAGCCUGCAGCUCGCUUCCUGCAGCUUUACUGUGAGGAUGCGAUGAAAUGUGUGCAGCCAGUGAUGAAAAAUGUAGAGAUCACAGUGGAGGGGGGGUAGAAGCAGAGUGAACGAAACACACACACUCACACACACACAUACAUGCACGGAGUUCUCCUCCAAGCCUCUCUGCUUGCGCGUCGUGAACAUUUUGGCACCUCUGGAAAGAAAAGGAAAAUUCCCUGAAGCUGGAGGUAAGGAUGCUGAUGGAGGAGAGGGACGCGGCGUGUGUGGAGCCAGGCGUCUGCUGCAGCUGCAUUUGGGGCUAGUAUGCCGGCUUUUUUUCUCCUCUUCCUUCAAUUCUGUGCGCCGUGGAAUGACGGCGGAGCUCCACAGCUGCUCACACCGGUCCACGAACUCCACCUGAAACACAAAGCCGCAGGAUCUGUUGCUGCUUCCCCCUUUUCCCCGCAUCAAUUUGCUGCUGCGUGAGGCUGCUGCGCGGAGAUCCAUCGUUUGGGGUUUGAAUGUGUGAAGUCUCUGCAUCCUCUACGGACCACUGCGAUGUGAAUUUUCGCAAAGCUGAGAGUUCUUUUAUUAUUAUUAUUUUAAUUUUUUUCCAAUUGAUCAUGAUAGAUGAUGUGCUAUUUCGACGUGAGUUGCGAGGAUGCCUGUGGCUGUGAUUGUGUCCUCCCUGCUGCGGCACACUCCGGAGCUCCUCAGCUCAAGACAGACUCAACUAACCUCGGCUGAAGAGAGAGCAGCAAGCUGGCAGGUGCUGGAUCAUCCAACAUAAGCUGUAUAGAGCCCGUGCAUGCAUGUGGGGAGGGGGGCAGGCCAGACGCUCCCCAGAGAAGCAGCAUCUUUUGCACUGAGGCUUUGGGGCUUCCUGAGAACUGCCACAUCCCCACAUCCAUCUGAGGACUGCUGCGAGCUGUACAAGCCUCCUGGUGGUUCUUGGAGGGCCGCCCCGAUGCAUGUUGUGACUGGGAGAACUCACAGAGCCUUUUUUUGCCAGUUUAGCAUCACCAGACGCCGACUCUGUCAUGUUGGAAGCCGGACUCCUGUCUGCUCCCUCUAACUUGCAGCCAAAAUCUCUCGCCUCCCCAUUUUGAGGCUUUUUGUAUGAGCAUCUCUGUGCUGCAGCAGCAGCACGACAGGAAUCAGAGUCCAGCAGCUCAGCCCUUCAGCAGGCGCCCAGCCCCGAGCCUCCAAACCCAGCACAGACAGGGGUCAGGAUGCAGGUGUCCUUCGCAUGCACUGAGCACAACCUGAAGAGUCGCAGCGAGGACCGGCUCUGUGGCCUCCGCACCGCUCCACCUCCUGGAGGGAGCAGUGGAGGAGUGGGAGGAGGUGGAGGAGGUGGUGGAGGAGGGGGAGGAGGAGGUGGUGGUGGAGGAGGAGGUGGCAGUGGUGGAGGAGGAGGCAGUGGCGGCGGACAAGGGAACAAUGGCAACUACAUCUCCCAAGGCUCGGUCAAGACCAGGGAGGGCCCCGGGUCCCGUCAGGCCACACAAGGCCACGCUCACAUGAAGGAGGCCAUCGGCCGCUACAGCAGUAUGAAGUACAGGAACCUGGGAAAGUCUGGCCUUCGAGUGUCCUGCCUUGGCUUAGGCACAUGGGUUACUUUUGGAUCACAGAUCUCUGAUGAGAUGGCUGAAAACCUAAUGACUAUAGCUUAUGAGAGUGGAGUGAACCUGUUUGACACAGCGGAGGUGUACGCUUCUGGAAGAGCGGAAAUCACUCUGGGGAACAUAAUCAAGAAGAAAGGAUGGAGGCGCUCGAGUUUUGUCAUCACAACAAAAAUCUACUGGGGCGGCCAAGCAGAAACAGAAAGAGGACUCUCCAGAAAACACAUAAUAGAAGGUUUACGAGGAUCCUUAUCAAGACUCCAGCUGGAUUAUGUGGACAUAGUCUUUGCAAACAGGAACGAUGUCAACAGCCCAAUGGAAGAAAUCGUCCGAGCCAUGACGUUUGUAAUAAACCAAGGGAUGGCGAUGUAUUGGGGAACGUCACGCUGGAGUGCCAUGGAGAUCAUGGAGGCGUACUCUGUUGCACGCCAGUUUAACUUGAUACCACCUGUGUGUGAACAGGCAGAAUAUCACUAUUUCCAGAGGGAUAAAGUUGAGGUGCAGCUUCCUGAACUCUACCACAAGAUCGGUGUGGGAGCAAUGACCUGGUCUCCGCUUGCUUGUGGAUUAAUCACUGGGAAGUACAGCGACGGUGUCCCUGAGAGCUCCAGAGCAGCAAUGAAGGGGUACCAGUGGCUGAAGGAGAGAGUGAGCAGUGAGGAGGGGCGCAGGCAGCUCGCUAAAAUUAAAGAGCUCCAUCUGCUGGCAGACCGACUGGGCUGCACUGCAGCACAGUUAGCCAUAGCCUGGUGUCUGCGCAGUGAAGGAGUCAGCUCAGUGCUUCUGGGUGUUUCUAAUACAGAACAGCUCAUCGAGAACUUAGGCGCCCUCCAGAUUCUAUCACAAAUGACUCCUCAAACCAUUACUGAGAUUGAUGCCCUGCUGGGAAACAAGCCACACUCCAAGAAAGAGUCGCGCGCCUGAAGAUGCAAAUGGAAAUGACAGAUGAUGCUCCAACAGGAAAUAGAAGAAAUGACUGGAAAAUGUCACUUUUUCCCCUCUUCUGUAUACUCGAACUUGCAUGUUCCCAGCAACAUUUUGCUUCCAGUAUGUGCGCAUACUCAUUUUGCGCGGUACAUUGCAUCACAUAUUAAAAAAAAAAUAAUAAUAAAAAAGACUGUGGAAAAAUGCACGUCAUAAAUUGCUAAUUAACAAAUAUUCUCAGAAUAUUUCUGCACAGAGGCGAGUCGGACAAUGGCAAAGGCACAAACCGGGGCAGGUUUCAGCACAUUCAGCUGCUAUCUCAGCAGCCUGGUUGUUUUAAUGUUUCCAAGUGAAAAAGAAGCCCCUCUCCUGUGCUAAAGAGCAACUUUAAUGCGUGAAUGGUGCUUUCACUGAACAUGAGUCUCCUCGCUUUGCAGCUGCCUGUGAUUCUGUAUGAUGUUUAGUACCCAGCAGCCAGGGAACCAAAGGCUAGCACUAAUGUGUUCAGCCUAACAUUUCUCCUCAUGUGCAUGUGACUGGUCUGCCACGCUAACCGCUUCACAGGGUUGGGAACUAUGUCUUACGUGCAGAGUUGGAAAAAAAAAAAAAAAAGCACUAACCAGUCUGGUUUACUGUUAAAAAUAAUCCAAGAUUUCUUUUUUUUCUUUUAUUUUAUGGUGAAAUAAUAAGCAAAUAAUAAAUAAUCGAUAAAUGAUUAAAGCACAAAUAAAAAGAAAAAAAUUAAUCAAGUAAAAUCAGAAAUCCACAGUGGGUGAGAUUUUGAAAGUGGCCUUCCCAACCCUGCUGCUUUCCCAGCAGUCUUUUCGCCUCCUCUGUUUGUAAACUGUGCGCAUGUCCCUUUAAGAGAGAAAAGCCCUGACAGGCUGUAAAUGUGGCAUGGCUUUGAUAGCUUAUGUAAAUUAACAGUACCCAUAUGAGUCGACUCUUAUUUAUGUAUUUAUUUGUUUAUAAAUGGCCUGGCAUUUAGGUUCCAGUGGUACUGUUGAUCUUCAGCAGUCCGUCUGACACGAAAUCUCCUAUUAUCUCUCGCUUUUUUUAAUUUUUACACUUUAGAGGGAAGGUUUUGACUGCGAGGAUUGCCACUGUCAUGGAAGCAGAGGUUAGGGGUACGGCUCACUGUGGUGAAACUUUAGUUUUCUUAGGAAAUUUAUGCUAAAUGUGUUUAUUUAUUGUCAUAAAAAAUCAGUCCAGGUAGCAACUGAUAAAUCGCCUUUCUUUGAAACCCCACAAAAAGAGAAAAAAAUGUAUCUAUUUGUUCAUUUCUCUAGGAGUUCUCUGUCGUUCAUUCCUUUAAUGAUUACACACUUGCACAAUGAUUUUUAUACUGUGCACUUCAUGCAAUCUCCUGUUUUUGCAUCGACUUCAUGACUAAAUGAUACAAAGAAGAAUACAUUUAUCCCUCUGUGUGAAUUCCCAUGAAAACAGCACAUUUUUUUAAAACUACGGCUGUUUUUAAAAGACACUGUUGAAGCUGUCAUUGGGUCACAUUGUAUUGUAAAUAAGCUUUCCUGUUUGGCAGUGAAAUAAAAGGAUAAAUAUGA